AUGUCGCUCGCCGCCCCAUUCCUCGAAAACGGCUAUACGCUCGCGCAAUUCCGCGCCACUAGCAUCGCCAAGGUGCCGCAUCAGCGUAUCGACAUCGAUCUGGCCGACAAGCCAGCCUGGUAUGGCGAGAUCAACCCGAAGUUGACCGUGCCCUCGCUGCGCCUGCCCAACGGCACCGUGCUGACCGAAUCUCUGGACAUCACCGCAUACAUCGCCAGCGAGUUCCCCGAGGCAAAGCUGCUGCCCGAUGACCCUGCUGAGCACACGAAGACCACAGAGUUUGUCGAUUUGUUCAGCCAGAACAUCAACACCACCGCCUUUAAGCUCCUGAUGGCCAAGACUACCGAGGAGCAGAAACAGGCAAGCGACACCUUGCUUGAUGGUAUUAAGAAGGUCAACGAUGCGUUGGCCAAGCAGUGGACCAGCACCAGCGGCAAGGGCGGCCCGUUCUGGCUCGGAGAUCGGUUUUCGAUUGUCGAGGUCAACACUGCCUCGUUCGUCAACAACCUGUUGGUUAUACCCAAGCACUACCGCGGGUUUGUUCUCCCUCAGACCGACGAGUAUGCUGCGUUCAAUAGGUGGGUCGGUGCCAUCUACGCACACCCCGAAUUCACUCGCGUGCAGCCCGCCGACGAGACUAUCAUCAAGGCGGCGGCCAAGUUCGUCGCUCCAACUGCCACAGACUGA